CUGUGGGAAGGAAGGGCUGCAGCUCGCAGCAACAGAGUUUAGACUGUCUUUGCUUCAUCAUCUGAAGGUAAAAAUUUCCAGCCACGGCCGGCGGCUCGCAGAGUACAAUAAACAGGGACGGAGAACUACUUGCAUGGACCCCCCUUCCUCAUGAUGCGGUGGAGAAGCCGCGGCCACUCGGUCCUGCCAGAUAUUCUUGGGGUCACUGUACAUGGACAGGAGAAGCAGAGCUAAACACGAAUUUAAAAAGGACGAAGGAAGGAAAACACCAUCUCGCUGAAAUAUAAAGCUCUAAGAAGCAUUUUCAAAGCUGUGAGCAUCAGAAGCAACAUUUUCCCAAAGAGUGCCAUUGUAGCGAAGUCACUUUAUUACGGAGCGGUCUAUCAGCAACACAGUCUCGAGACUAGGACCCUGAGAGCCAGAGAUGACAGUAAGCAGGCGCUGCUUGUGGCUCAAAGUCUUCCAGUGGGGCCUGUUGAUCAGUGACUGCUGCUGCUGAGACCUUUCCUCUUUCCCCAUUCCCCGGAGACUGGACUGCAAUCAGGAGUUCAUUGCUUACCUCCAGACUUACAUGUGGGAGUUUCCACAACAGCAGUUUUGAGAUCAUUGAGACUUGGAUUGAUUUCAUCCUUUAACAGAAAGGACCAGAGUCCAAAGUAGUCCUCAUCAUGGCCUUGAACGUUGCCCCAGUGAGAGACACAAAGUGGCUGACGCUGGAAGUCUGCAGACAGUAUCAGAGAGGGACGUGCUCCCGCUCCGAUGAAGAGUGCAAAUUUGCUCAUCCCCCCAAAAGUUGCCAGGUGGAAAAUGGAAGAGUAAUUGCCUGCUUUGAUUCCCUCAAGGGCCGCUGUUCGAGAGAGAACUGCAAGUAUCUUCAUCCUCCAACACACUUAAAAACCCAGCUAGAAAUUAAUGGGAGGAACAAUUUGAUUCAGCAAAAAACUGCAGCAGCCAUGCUCGCCCAACAGAUGCAGUUUAUGUUUCCGGGAACACCGCUCCAUCCUGUGCCCACCUUUCCUGUAGGUCCCACCAUAGGGACAAACGCGGCUAUUAGCUUUGCUCCUUACUUAGCGCCUGUCACCCCUGGAGUUGGCUUAGUCCCGACGGAGGUUCUACCUACCACACCGGUCAUUGUUCCCGGAAGUCCACCGGUCACCGUCCCGGGCUCAACUGCAACUCAGAAACUUCUCAGGACUGAUAAACUGGAGGUAUGCAGGGAGUUCCAGCGAGGAAACUGUGCCCGGGGAGAGACAGACUGCCGCUUUGCACACCCGGCAGACAGCACCAUGAUCGACACAAACGACAACACCGUAACCGUUUGUAUGGAUUACAUAAAGGGGCGUUGCAUGAGGGAGAAAUGCAAAUAUUUUCACCCUCCUGCACACUUGCAGGCCAAAAUCAAAGCUGCGCAGCACCAAGCCAACCAGGCCGCGGUGGCCGCCCAGGCAGCCGCGGCCGCGGCCACAGUCAUGACUCAGUCGACUGCCAAAGCACUGAAGCGACCUCUCGAAGCAACUGUAGACCUGGCCUUCCCUCCUGGUGCUCUUCAUCCCUUACCAAAGAGACAAGCACUUGAAAAGAGCAACGGUGCCAGCACGGUCUUCAACCCCAGUGUCCUGCACUACCAGCAGGCUCUGACCAGUGCGCAGUUGCAGCAGCACACGGCGUUUAUUCCCACAGGGUCAGUUUUGUGCAUGACACCCGCUACCAGUAUUGAUAAUUCUGAAGUAAUCAACAGAAAUGGAAUGGAAUGCCAAGAAUCUGCAUUGAGAAUAACUAAACAUUGUCACUGUACAUACUACCCUGUUUCCUCCUCAGUAGAGUUGCCACAAACUGCAUGCUAAAUUUAGUUCUUCCGGACAGACCACAACCCUAAGGCUAGUUCUGCUCUGUCAUAUAUGAGUAUUAAAUAUGAUAUGCUUAGUAUAUUCCAGCCCAAGAUAGUUAACUACCUGAGACCAGCUGCGAUGUUCAGGGACAUUAGGGAUGAGGUUUUCUUUUACAGGGUUCUAAGCAUAGUUUCUGUCCUAGGAACAUUAUCUUAUCUUCCCUAACUAUAGCUGAUGCAGAGAGCCCACACAAUAUACUCAUUUCGACUCCGAGUACUUCAAAUUUAGCAAUAAACAGUUAGCAUUAGUUUAAGCACCUAUUCCAAGGGCAGGUUCGAUUCUCACUGCGACCACCACCAUUUCAUUUCCUGACUGGAUCAAAGGGUAAUGAUUCACUUCUUGACGAGAUGAACGCUGCAGCAAAGAGGAGAAGUGAAGUGAAACGUACACCUGCCUGGCAGGUCUAAAAUUUUAAUGGCAGUUCAAGCACAAUUGCUGUGGACACAUCAGAGUGUGGGGUUUGGUUUGCCUGGAGAUGCCGCACUGAAUCAUGGGAUUCUAGAAUAACAUUGCAUAGGUUGAGAGAGGAAAAAAAAAAACAAAAAAACUUUGCACGGUAUGAGCUUCAUACCCACCCAACAAAGUCUUGAAGGUAUUAUUUUACAAGUCUAUUUUUAAAGUUGUUUUAUAAGAAAGACUUUGUAGAAGUGCCUCGAUUUUUGCCAGACUUCAUCCAGCUUGACAAGAAUGAAAGGCUCAUGCCAAUAGUCGAAUCUAAGGGAUUGGUCUUUCAAACUCACCCUCCGGUUGCCUGGUACCGAAUAACUCUUCUAAACUAAAACCUAGUCAAACAGGGAAGCUGUAGGUGAGGCGGUCUGUAUAAUAUUCCAGUUCAAGUACGUCUGAGUUCAGUCACUACAGAUGCAAACUGUGACUUUAAUCUAAAUUACUAUAUAAACAAAACAAAAAAAAAAGAAGUAGAUAGUUUCACUUUUUAAAAAAUCCAUUACUGUUUUUGCAUUUCAAAAGUUGGAUUAAAGGGUUGUAACUAACUACAGCAUGGAAAAAUAGUUCUUUUCAUUCCUUCACCUUAAAGCAUAUUUUAUGUCUCAAAAGUAUAAAAAACUUUAAUACAAGUACAUACGUAUUAUAUAUACACAUAUAUAUGCUAUAUAUGGAUGAAACAUAUUUUAAUGUUGUUUACUUUUUUAAAUACUUGGUUGAUCUUCAAGGUAAUAGCGAUACAAUUAAAUUUUGUUCAUAAAGUUUGUUUUAAAGUUUAUUUUAAGCACUAUCGUACCAAAUAUUUCAUAUUUCACAUUUUAUAUGUUGCACACAGCCUACACAGUACUACAUAGUUUUUAAAUUAUUGUUUGAGAAAUGAAACAGCUGUUAUAAAUGGAUAUUAUGUGUAAUUGUUUAAAACAUCCAUUUUCUUUGUGAACAUUUUAGUGAUUGAAGUAUUUUGACUUUUGAGAUUGAAUGUACAAUAUUUUAAAUUUUGGUAUCAUUGCCUGUUCUGAAAACGAGAGGCAUCAACCAUAUCAUUUUUUUCGAUUGAGGAAAAAAAAAAUCUGCAUUUAAUUCAUGUUGGUCGAAGUCUAAUUACUAUUUAUCUUACGUC